AUGCCUGCCCGUCGAGCUCUCAUCUCCAUCACUUCGGCCAGUGCCGCCCUCUUCAAUGGAAAGGAAACCACUGGUCUUUUCAUCAGUGAGGCUCUCCACCCGUACAAGGUCCUCGUAGCCGCCGGCUUCGAAGUAGACCUCUCCUCCGAGACAGGCAGUUACACACCCGACUGGCUCUCCCAGCAGCCCGACUUCCUGAACGGCGAGGAUCUGGAGAUCUGGAAUGACACGAACAGCGACUUCCGCCAGAAACUCGACAACAUGGUCAAGGCUGCUGAUCUGGAUGCCUCGAAAUAUGGCCUGUUUUAUGCCUCUGCUGGCCACGCCGCACUGAUCGAUUACCCCACUGCCAGCGCGUUGCAGAAUAUCGCCGAGCAAGUCUGGGCGAAUGGCGGAGUCGUGGCUUCUGUUUGCCAUGGUCCUGCCAUCUUUGCCAACAUCAAAGAUCUUGCUACGGGCGAGCCGAUUAUCAAGGGACGACAGCUUACUGGGUUUACUACCGAGGCGGAGAAUACGAUGGGUAUCAUGGGUGAAUUGAGAGCCCUGGAUACUGAGAUGGUGGAGGAGCUUUCCCAGCGGCUGGGUGCGACUUAUGUACGCUCAGAUGGUAUUUGGGAUGACUUCCACGUUGUUGAUGGUCGAUUGGUGACUGGUCAAAACCCUGCCAGUGCUGCUUCUACAGCCGUUGCCGCUGUUGAAGUAUUUGAGACACUUUAA